AUGUGCAUCUCCACUCAGAUAGUGGACUGCCAACUCAACCUGGCGGCACCAUCAAACCCACAGCCUGCAGCUGAACAAAACCCGCACCCUCCUGCGCAGCCCUCUGCUGCACCUCUGCCACUGGAGGUACUCCCGGAGCCCCCUGUGGAACCACUGGCGGAAAACGAGCCAAUAACUGCGUCAGCAAACCCACCACUAAGUCAUCAAGACCCUGAGCCGGAGCACCACCCCAACCCGGAGCAGCCCCCGCUCCCAAACCAACACUCGCAUCCACACUGGCCUCACUCGCCACGGAUACCGACUGGGUCACCGACGCAGUCGCCACACUAG